CCUCCCAGCCGCCGCCGCGCCGGGUCCACGUGUGUGUGUCUGUGUGCGGAAUGGGGACGGGGGCGGCGCCGCCGGAGGGGUGGGGUCCGGGCUAACGUCACGGGUGGUGCGGCCCAAUCAGCGGCGGGCUCGCGGCCCCGGCGCUGGUAUUGGGGCAGCGAGGGGGCAGUUCUCUAUAACGCGGUCUCCGGGAGCCAGCGGGGAAGAAAGAAACCGAGCGGGCUGAAGGCGCCCUCCCCGCCGCCUGGGCCCGGGCACCGGGUGCCGGGCCCGGGGUCCUUCCCGCCUCCCGCGGCCGCAGGCCGCUUUGUUUCCCCUGCCUCUGCGCUUCGGGCGACUCGAGAGGGUCUCCCGCCGGGGCUGCGAAGGGGACGCGGCGGCAGAAGGGCGGCCGACCCCGCCGGGACUCACAGGGACCCAGGAGUCCGGCUGCCGGGAGGGCCGCGUGAGGAGAGCGAAGAGGGAGCCCGAGCUCUGCGGCCCUGGGUAGCGGGCCGGGGGCGCCCGUGAGCAGAGACCUCCCCGUCGACGGGGGGCGAUGUUCCCCUCGCCCGUGGGCUCUUCGGGCAGCCAGGGCAUCCCGCCGCUGGGACCUGGACCCCCUCAGUGGGCACCCCUCAGGCUGCUCCAUGGAGACCCUGUGCCCCGCACCCCGCCUGGCAGUGCCGGCGUCCCCGCGAGGGUCGCCCUGCUCUCCCACGCCCCGGAAGCCGUGUCGGGGGACCCAGGAAUUCUCUCCGCUGUGCCUGCGUGCCCUCGCCUUCUGCGCCCUUGCCAAGCCCCGGGCGUCCUCUCUGGGCCCGGGGCCUGGGGAGCUGGCGGCGCGGUCUCCCGUGCUGCGGGGCCCUCACGCCCCCCUGCGCCCUGGCGGCUGGGCCCCGGAUGGCCUGAAGCACCUCUGGGCACCGACCGGGCGGCCCAGCGUUCCUAACACCGCGUCCAGCGAGGAUGCGGACGUCGCAGCGUGCCCCCGCCGCGGAGAAGAGGAAGAGGGCGGAGGCGGUUUCCCGCACUUCGGCGUUCGCUCCUGUGCACCUCCGGGCCGCUGCCCUGCGCCCCCGCGCCCUCGGGAAUCUACGACCGGCUUCGCCUCGGCCCCGCCUCUCCCGGCCCCGGGUCUCGAGCCUCAGCGUGGCCCAGCCGCCAGCCCGCCUGAAGAGCCCAGUUCCCAACCUCCGUCGCCAUCUGCGGGCCUCUCCACCGAUCCCGCGGGUCCCGGGGCGGCGCCGGGGCCAUUCCUGCCCGGUCAGCCUGCCGAAGUCGAUGGAAACCCCCAGCCGGCCGCCCCCGAGGCUCCAGCGGCCAGCCCCUCGACGGCCAGCCCGGCUCCGGCCGCACCUGGAGAUCUCCGCCAGGAACAUUUCGAUCGUCUGAUCCGCCGGUCGAAACUUUGGUGUUACGCGAAGGGCUUCGCCUUGGAUACCCCGAGUUUGCGCCGGGGGCCAGAGCGGCCGCCUGCGAAAGGGUCGGCUCGGGGAGCCGCCAAGAAACGCCGGCGGCCGGCGCCCCCUGCGCGCACCGCGCAGCCCCGCCGCCCUGCACCGACGCUCCCCACCACUAGCACCUUCAGCCUCCUCAACUGCUUCCCCUGCCCCCCGGCCCUGGUAGUGGGGGAAGACGGAGACCUAAAGCCGGCAUCCUCGCUUCGCCUCCAGGGAGACUCUAAGCCCCCGCCCGCCCACCCGCUGUGGAGGUGGCAGAUGGGGGGUCCUGCUGUCCCUGAGCCCCCUGGCCUCAAAUUCUGGGGGAUCAACAUGGAUGAAAGCUAACCGUGGGACUUCUGCCAAAGGGGAAAAGUUGGGACCAUGGCCAAACCGCGGGCUUGAGGAGGGAGCCCCGUUUCUCACAUUUGUCCCCUUCCUUUACAUUUUAGGAGCUGUGGGCAGAGGGACCUAAAUGACAGUGAUCUUCAUUCAAGCACCUAAGUGUUCGGGGUGACAGUCCCUCCCCCUCAUCCUUUGCAAAGAAACCCAGGGCUGGAGUCGGGAGAAGGCUUAAGCCAAAAAGGCUGAUUCCAAUCCCUGCCCCCUUCCAUCUCGGACCGUUGGAGGCAGGGCCUACACCCCAGUGGGAGCAAAGGAGGCCACCGCUCAAAGACAGCCCCCACCCCCCAAAAAAAAGGAGAGGAGAGAGACCUCGGUGAUGGACAAACCGGUUGUUACUGUGUUUGUGGGCGAGCCUGGGGUGCGGGGGCUGCGGUGGGGGUGGGGAGAUGAUUGGCAGCUCCCUGGGGGCAUCCCCCACCCCCACUGUCCAGGCCUUUAACCCUUUGCUCCCCUCAGGCCUUCCCUAACGCUCCAAGCACCGUUGGAGCCUUCAAUGGGUGAGGGAGCUUGGGUAAGAGGUAGAUCACCCCCUUCCUGUCCCCUUUCUAGGCCCCCUCAAGUGCAGGUGACCCCUAAUUGGUGAGAUCUUCAGUCUCAGCCGCCGACCUUUCCCUUUUGUCCAGUUUUGGAGUUCCCAUCUUUUUCUGUUUGCUUUCCGAGUGUAAGGUCUGGCCGGUGAGAAAGAUUCCCCCCAACCUUGAUUAAUCAGCCCUCUCCCCCGACUUACUUUCCUUAGGACGGGUAGGGCUGAGGGACCUCUCCAGAAAAGUGCUUACUUUGCCUGGGGAAGGGGCAAGACACUGUCCCAGGGAAAGUAAUAGAAGGUGGAAGAAAUCAAUAAAAUCAGACCAAACAAGUCGCCUUUCGAGGGCCUCCACCGAUUUAUGGAUGAGAGGGGGUGGAGGUGGAAGGCAGGCCCGAGUCCAUUCUUGGACACCCAAACUCAGCCCCCUUAAAGAGUGGAAACAAAACAAGCUGCACUUUGCAGAGGUGGUAAAUGAAAGGACUCUUGGCCUAACUGCAAGAGUCCCCUGGGGUUUGAAAGGACAAAGUUUGAGUCUGGAUGGGAUCUGCGCUGAGGUACCUUAAGCUUCCCCCGCAACACGUCCCAGCCUCAGGCAUUGCGGGAGUUGUCAGAGAUCUGAUGGAUCCGAAGCGGGCAGGGCCAGGGGAUUAGGUUUGGGGUCAGAGGUUCUGUUUUCCAGGGGAGGGGUUAGAUAGGCCUGGAUCACGCCCUCUGCCAUGCCCUCCAGCUAGGAGGAUCUUGAGUCGGAGAGGGUUGGAAGCGUUUUCUCCUCCACCCAGGUGAGGUCAGGGGAGGUUACGUCUUAGGCAGAUGGCAAGUUGAGAUGUGAAGGGAAGGUGGGGCUUUUGGAUCUGCCGAACAACUGAGGGACCCAGUGCCCCUUCUGCCCCGCACUAGUGAAUAGCGCCCCCUCUUCCCCCCGAAAACGAGGUGAGAGAGGAACAGUUCCCACGCUGGGGAAGGACUUGUCUCCUUUUCUGUGAAAAUGCUUUGUAAAAAGUUGUUACUGUUUGCCUAGAGCAGAUUCUUGAGAAAAACUGUUUUGGACCAUAAAAGUUUUGUUUUAAAAA